AUGGACGAGACUAGCAAGGCGACGCUAUUCAACGCAAUGGUGUGGGUAGAUACGCUCAAGACACGCGAAGGCAUUAAUCCGCAAGAAGUAGACGCGGCUCUCUCUCGUCUCACCGAGGUAUUCGGUGUGGACAUGCACAACGCAGAGCAAAAGCAACAGCUGGCGGUCAAUGGAAAGGCUUCAUUUGACGAGAUCUUUGCUGCUGGUCUCAAGGCUUUAGGCUUGGAGACGGGCUCACUGAAGUCGUCGGUGGACGAUGAUCCCGUCAUUAAGAAGCACCCCGAGCUGUGGAAAAAGUGGGUCGCCAAGCUAGAAACUAAAGGGUUCUUUAACGAUGCAGCUUCUGGUUCGAGUGAAUAUGCCACACGAACGUCCAAAGCGUUGGCCAAGUUCAAGGAGAAAUUUGGCGAUGCAAAGCCAGAAUUGUCUAAGGAGGAGAAAGAAGCCAAAGCUGAGGAGCUGAAGGCCGAGGGCAAUGCAGCAUUGAGUCGUCAGGACUAUGAGGGAGCUGCCAAGCUGUACCGUGAGGCGCUGCAGCUGUCAGCGGACGGACCAUCGUCGCACAUUUACCAUUCGAAUCUAGCAGCAGCUCUUAUGUACUUGGGCAAGUACUCAGAGGUAAUUGACCACUGCGAACAAUCGAUUUCGCUGAAGCCAGCGUACGUGAAAGCCUACUCGCGUAUGGGUAGCGCACAGGUACAGCUGAAUGAUUUGGACGGUGCCAUUGACACGUUCCGACGUGGACUGGAGGUAGACAGCACGAACGCGGCUUGUUGUGACGGACUUGCAGAUGCGGAGCGCAAGCGACGUCAGGUGCAGACAACCCCCGCAGCUCCGACGCCAGGAGGUGCAGGGGGCAUGCCGGAUUUGUCAAGCCUGGCAAGUAUGCUUGGUGGAGCCGGCGGAGGCGGCGGCCUUGCCGAUAUGAUGAACAAUCCGCAGAUGAUGCAGAUGGCCCAGAGCAUGAUGCAGAACCCGCAGAUGAUGCAGAUGGCGCAAAACAUGAUGCAAAACCCGGACAUGCUUAGUAAUCUCAUGGGAGGUGGCGGCGGUGCUGCUGCUACUUCUAACGCUGGUGCUGCCUCUAUUGCUGGAGCUGGUGGUGCGGGAAGCGGCAUGCCCGACAUGAGCAGCCUGAUGAACAGUCCCGAACUUGUGGAGGCGCGAUUAGACCCAGACCUGGCGGACUUUUUCCGUGACGUGGAUAGUGAGGGCCCGUCUGCCGCUAUGCGUCACGUAUCGAACCCUAAAGUCUCGCAGCUUAUGCAAAGGGUGAUGUCUCGGAUGCAAGGGUAG